AACUUGAAAAAGCAUUCACAUGUUUUUCCCUUCUGACAUGCACAAAGCAAAAUAAAUUUUGCUUUUUGAAAUAAUAUUUGAUACUAAAUCACAUAAUAAAUUAAAAUACUAAAAAAAUAGAUAUCUUGACCAAAUAAUCUCUAUAUAUACAUUUUAGAGUCUCCAUUUCGCUUAUCACCCUCACUAUUGUCUCUCUCUCUCUAACGAUAUAACAGCUUCUCUCUCUCUUUCUCUUUAUUGAAUACAAUGGCUGAAACAACUCCAUUAAAGCGCCACCGAGAAGAAGAAACCCUAGCCGAAGAAGAAACCAAUAAACGACAAAAGCCCUCCUCAUCAUCUUUUUCCUCAUACAAUGACCAGAUUCUCUGUCUCCUUGACGAUUCAGACGAACUUAACCUACCCAACAACGACCUAACUUCUUUUAUAAACGCUCUACAGCAAGAUAUCUCACCAGAUGACCAAAACGGUGUCGUUUCUGGAGUCUCCAACGUGGAAGAUUCGUCGACUUCGUGUGUUUCCUCGAAGGAAGACGAUGUUGAUGAAGAGAACAAGGAGAAAGUCAUGCAGCAUCUUUUGGAAGCUUCUGACGACGAACUAGGGCUUCCUAACAACGAAUUUGGCGAGAGUAAUUAUGAGAUGAUUAAGAAUGAAUCUAGUCAAGAUUAUGUUUAUGGAGAUAGUUUGUUAGAUGGGUUUGGUGAUGCGUUUUGGGAGCUUGAAGAUGAAGCUGCUAAUUAUUACACGUUGCUCCAGUCUCAGCUGUUCUUGUAGAAAUCUUAAGGAUAAAUCUGGGGGAAAAAGUUAAUUAAUAUGAAAGAAAAGGCCAAUUAAAAAAAUAAAAUAAGUGGGUCGGUUUUUUAUAUGAAAAAUUAAUUUCAUUUUUAAGGCACACAUUGGUUUCGGCGGAGCUACAAAAUAGUUUCAUUUUAAUUAUUUGAUUAAUAUGUAGUGGACAAAUGAUAAUGGUAUUAUUAUUAUUUUUUUAUUAAUUGUUUUUUACUCUACUUA